GAUGUACUGCAUUACUUUGUAGGUCAAAAAUAAGACACAGCGCUCAACACAGUUUUUUGUUUGUGUUAGCUGAUGUUCGACUUGUGUGCCAGGGAUCUGCACCACACUAUCGAGUAUUACAUAUUGUAUGAACAAGGUGAUCACGGCCCAGCUGUCAAAAGGUGUUAUCCCAGUGAUCUUUCUGAUGUAUUCAUUGAACGUAUCAUCGAAUUCGCAUUUUGUUGUGAUGAUAGACGUUUAUCAGUAGAGGAAUUUGUGAUUGUAUUCACAGAUGCCAAGGGCAUAUUGGAAUUCGUUUUUUGUUACCAACCAAACGAAAGAUUUCUGCUUUGCAUUUCAAGCAAAUUUCCUUGGUGUGAGUGCUUUCACUCUCUGCUAAGCAUUUUAUGGCAUCAUGGUCUUUAUCGUGAUGUUCACUGGUCCAUUAUGGAGCCAUUCUUCUCUCAUCUAAGUUCUACUAUUCCACCUCGUUUACCGAUCGAUCGUAUUCAAUGUGCGAAUCCAUUCAACCCGUCUAUGGGUUUUGUGCUCCGAAUUCCAACACCUCAAUCCCCACAUUAUUUGAACUACGUUAUCGAAUAUUACAAUGCAUUGGAUCUUUCACUAUGGAUACAUAUAUUUGUAAGCUUACUUUUGGAGCGAAGUUUACUAUUCUGUUCAAGACGGUUGACAAAGUUGACAGCGUGUGUCUUAACUUCUGUUUCAUUGUUGUAUCCGAUUCAAUGGGCUCAUUCAUUUUAUCCACUAAUUCCAGACAAAGUACUCGGUGUUUUGGAAUGUCCAGUUCCAUUUGUAGCUGGUAUACAUUCUUGUAAUUUAGAGAAGGCAAAAGAGCAUUUAACCGCUGGAACACGUUUAGUGGAUUUGGACUUGGGUCAAAUUUUUGUGCAUAAACCAACUACAAAUGAUUUACAUACUGAACAUAUGGAUAUGGAGUUGGGUACACCAAAAGCAAUAUAUAGUUUUUUACAUCAUCAAUUAAAAGAAAUUCAACGACAAUUAAAUGAGACGAUGAAUUCAAAAAAACUAAAAAAUGAUGAUUGGAAACAAGUUAAUGGUGAAAUACUUAGAUGUUUUGAAAGAUUAACUCAUCCAUUUUUUGAAUUGAUUGUUAAUCUCUUAGGCUGUUAUACAGAAUGUUUAAUUCGACGAGAUGCAAAUCCUGAAGUAGAUUUAAACGCUCUUAUCGCUUGCCAAUCUUGUCCUGGUUUAGAAUCAUUCCUGAAAUCUAUGUUUGAAUCACAAACAAUUCAGUUGUUCUUAGAUCAACGUUCCAGACGACCACCUGAUAAAAAAAUUGAUUUAUUUGAGAAUCGUGCGUCUCAAUUACGAGGUCAAGCUAAAAACACAUAUCACUAUAAAGCCACCGUAUCAUUUGGUCCAAUAUUUACAAGUUCAUUAUCAAAUAUUGCAUCAAGUUCUACUAAAUAUGAUUUAAAGCUUGGGCGUAAAAAAUAUAAUUUUGGCAGUCCAGAAUGGUUACGAGCUAAAAAGUUGAAAAAUCCUGGUCGUAUUUGUCAAAAAGGAUUACCAGAGUCAAAGAAACGUGUUAAAUCUGAAAGUUCUUUUACCUGGAAUAUUUUAUCACGAAAGGCUGAACAAUCACUGGUUUCGUAUAAAAAUAAUAAGUUUGGUUCAAUGGAUAUAAAUCCAAAGCAUACACCGAUAAUGGCACGUAUGCAGGAUAUAGAUCAUUCGUCUUAUCGAAAUCGUCCGAAUUCUUGUUUUGCUAAUUCUACGCCCAGUUUUGCAUCUGGGACUCUUCUUAGUAGGAAUCAAUUUUUUAGAGAUUAUCAAAAUAAUCAGUUGGAAAUACAAACUGGUGACAGUCGUUCUUCAGAUUCUUCAUUCAAAUCAUCCAGUAGUCCAUCAAAUCAUUUUAAUCUAUCUGAUAUGGAAUCCCAUAAACCAUUAAAACGUGAACCGCCACCACGACCUCCUCCACCUCGUUUUCUUCAUAAUAAUAAUCAUAUUCAGUUGAAAAGUAUACAUCAAAUGAAAUCAAAAACUCUUGUUAAUGAAACAAGACAAUCAGUAUCACUGCCAAAAAAUGAUUUCACAAAAUCAUUCGCAAAAUUAAAUCGUAUCAAAAGCGAAAAGGAUGCUGGUGUUAUCUCAUCAGUAUACGGUGAAACAUGUUCACUAACUCACGCCAGACGCAAAACAUGCCCGUCCACUGAUAGCUUAACUGCAUCUUCUCCUCCACCGUUACCUCCACGUCCGCAUCUUCCAUCUUUGGAUUGGGUCAAACGUUCAACUACAUCUCUUCAACAUUUAGACAAAUGUUUAAAUAAAUCAGUGAAUGGUUAUUUGCGUAAUGGUAACAUGAACUUGGAUAAACCAAGAAAUGGAACAUCUUUAUGCCGACCAUUGAAAAUACCUAUAACUACCAAUUCAUCUAGUCAGCGUAGUCGUCAUCAACUCACUGGUAAUAGUAAUGGAAUAAUUGUACCACGUUCUUCUGGUGCUAACGUUCCGCCACCAUUACCACCUAAGAAAUUGUCACUGAAGGUUCAACCACCAUUAUUAUUGAACUCCAAUUCUUUAAAAUCUGUUUCAUCUGAAUCCAAUCCUAACUUAUUGAUGACAAAAUCUACAACAACAGACAGUAAACAACUAUCUCUAUGUGAACGCAGAGCUAAACGAUUUCAAAGUUUAAAUGAUAAAAGCCUACAAAUAAAUCCAAUCAAAAUGACUCUUCCAUUAAAACUCACACAAAACAAUAAGAGUAUACAAUCUGGACAAACAGACACCCACAAAAAACAAACAUCUCAUGAGUCGAUAUCACGAAUUAUAGAUGGUCUAUCACUUGAGUAUCAAAAAUCAAAUUGUUCCACACUAUCACAAUCAGUUUCAGAUAUUCACACUCGAUCUGGAUCGUAUUAUUCUAUCGCAGAAACAAAAACGAAUCCUUUAAAUGUACCAAUAAAAAAUUCAAUUUCAGAAUUAUUAUCGGCGAAAGAGUUGUCUUUAGAUGUUCAAAAUACUGACAGUAAUAAUGGCAAUAGUGGUGAACAUAGACUACGUGUUCGAUUAAAAUAUGGGACAGUAAGUUAAAAAAGGAAGACAGCUAGUUAUUUAUAUGCAUGUUUAAUUGAGUUUUGUUAUUUUCAUACUAUCAAUAUAUUAGUCUACCGAUAAUUUUUAAUAUGAUUUUUAUAUAAAAGCUUGAAUAUUUUAAAUAUUUGGCAGAUUCGAAAUUUACAUGGACUGUUGACUAACAUUUUAGUGACUGUACUUGAUUAAUCAUCGUAAUUGCUAGACAUAAUUACGAAGUUUGAAUCUUUUCUUAUGAAAUGACUCUUACCUAAAUAAAGUUGCAUAUUUCACUAAAACAUUAAAGCCUGACAGUUAUUGAUUUAGACAGUGCAAUGUUAUUUAGGCGUUAUGAUUAAAUACACGGAGAAUUUACUGUUAGUAAAAAAGCUAGAUUUUUUUAUUAUUGAUUCAUAAUACUUUAUUGAUGUAAAAUGAUAUAUCAUUGUGCUAAGUCUUAUGUCUGUAAACGGAUAUUCAGUCAGUUAUCAUCACAAUAGUUCAGUGGUAGCCUCUGAGAAUGUGAAGCUCGAAGACUUGUGUCCGACUUUCACUUGAAGCAUCAGUUCCCGCAAGAUUGUGGGUGCAUAAUGCUGUCGAAUACACGAAAAUUAUGUUCAGAGUUUACUGUGAGCUACCUCCAAUCACUUAAUACUGAAAAAUUUCUAUUUCGUCAUCAUUCUGAGUUAUAUUCAUUGGACUCAAUUUUUUAUGAUUGAGCACCGCAAGCUAUGGAGAUAGGUAAGGUGUAAUUAAUUUGUUGUCAGACUACACUACGUAGAGUAACCGACCUGGAUGCGCUAGCUAACAAUCACUUAUCAAUAUUUGAUAAAAGAAAAUCCAGGCAGUAACGUUUGAAAAAUGGUAUUUAAACUAAUUUACUUGACACUAUAUUUAGUGUUGAUUAGCUAUUCGUAGUGUCAACACAGUUACUUAAUAAAAUUUUCCAGUUAUAUUAUUCAUAAUCGAGGAGUAAACUUCACACAUUAAUUUUUUCUUAUAGUAUUUACCAGAUACCAAGCAAAUCAUAUAAGUUAAAAUAAACUAGUGAUUUAUCUGACAAAAUGAAACUGAUAGCAUUUGUUAUUAAUCCGUAUGUGCAGAUCUAAUAAUCGACUCAAUAUUUUGAACAAACUUUGCUUUCUGUUAAAACUACUAAUGAUCUAGACUUGCUAAUAUUAAUUCUGAUAAGGUGACUGAUGUAAGAUAUACUUAUACUGUUAUAACAACUCAUUGUCUCUGGACUGAUUAAAUGUCAACAUGUCGUAAGAUUGAAUAUUGUCAGAUAACAACUGAUAAACUAAGUAUAAAAAUAAUGAUUAUACAAAGUGACCAAUGAGCCGUUCUGUUUAUGGUCACGUUUAUCACUAUAAUGUGUAGCGAAUUUCUAUAUGGAUAAUCUUGUUACCGUAUACUUCAUGAAGUUAGGUUUGUGGAGACCGUUUCCUCGGAGUAUGGAUAUACGACGGUUAUGGGUCCCAAACAAAGAUUAAACGUAGUGUGUUUUCCAGUUUCCAAUUUACCUUCAGUUAGUAUCAUUUUGUAACGAAAAUCAAGAUUAUUUUACAUCCAAAUGAAAACACUGACUUAGAGGAUUAUUUUUAUGUUAUUUAUCCGUUUAUUAUUGUGAAUAUCAAAUCAGACUUCCCCACAAAGAAGAAGUAAAUCAACUACUGUGCCAAAUUUAACAUUACAUCGUGCUCAUACUAUGUCUGAUUAUCAGCUUCCACGUAAUAAUUUAUAUAGAACAAAAUCAAUGAAUGUACCAACGACUAAUUUUGCACCAAUAGCUUUCAUGGAAUCACAUCCAGUAGAACUACGUUGAUUAGUAUUUCACAUAGAAGAACAACAAAGACAAAAGGAAUACACAAUAAGAUCUCUGAAUAUUAUUUGUUAGUAUUAGUUUUGAUUAUCGUCAAAAACGUUUUACUCCCACACAAAUUUAGGCUUGCUGAUGAGAAAAUAUACAAAAAGACAACUGAAGAUGGAAACUAUCACAAAUGUUAAGUAAUAUAUUUAUCUUUAUCUAUAUUAUUUUAAUAUGUUAUCUGUUGUUGUACACUACUCAUAUAAUUAGUACCGCUGUGAUAUUUUUACAAAACCUUAAUGAUAAUAAUGAUGUCACUGUCAAUUGUUGAUUAAUUUAACACUUAUCUACUCCCUUAUUCUUUUGUACAUAAGCAUAUUAACAUAUAUAUAUACCUCUGCAGAUAUAUAUAUAUAUAUAUAUAUAUAUAUAUAUAUAUAUUACUGAUAGCAAUGAGCAUAAAUCACGACAAAUUAUUGACUAUUUAUUAAAAUAUGCACCAUUCUGAUUUGAUCUUUGUGAACAUUACACAGAAACAAAACAUCACAGUGAGAAAUAGAAUUCAAAUACUUCCUCUUUCUUUUUUUCGACAAAGAGUCUAUUACAAUUCAUUUACAUAGAAAAUCACUCGGAGUUUUUCUUAGUAGUUUUUCAAUUUCUUUUUCUCAUUUAGACAAAUGACUUGGCUUAUUCUAUUUUUAUUUGGAAUGAACAUAUAACGAUUGAAAUUUACGUUAAUAUCCCUAUAUUUAGAUGGAUUAACUGUACAUGGCUGUUUCUUGUUGCUUUAUUUCCUCUUUAAUUAAUGGAAUGUAACGCAAAUACAAUACAGCCAAUAAAUUUUGAGUGUGGAGAAUAUUUUCUUUAUCAAUGUGUUCUAUUUUCUUUUUUAUUUCUUUAACGAUGGGUAGUUACGGAAUAAUUUGGUUUGUGUUAGAACUUUUCACUAAUAUUCUAGGUGGUG